GACUAUCGGGUGACAUCGACAGUAUUAUUGACAUCCAUCUGCUUGAAUACAUACGGAUUUUUAUAGAACAAGUGUAGGCUGUUCUUUUGGUGGAAAGAGAGAAAAAAAGACUUUUACAUGCACAAAUAAAAAGGUAGCUUCGGAAAAAGCUGACUUUGUGACUGAUGAUUAUGUGACAGUUGAUUAUGUGAUCGCUGAUUCUGUGGCCUUGCUUGUGGAGUACGCUUCGCUUUUGAUCUUCAGUCGGUUGACGUUAUCGAAGGAGAGGCCGUGUUUCGUGCUUCGGGUGGACUUUAACCAUAGUGUAGAAUUUUAGUGACUUAAGCAGUCAUAUGACUGAAUAUAUAAAAGUCACACCCAACGUUUUUGACAAACAGUGGCAUGCCAUGACUUUGUGCUAUACCUUUGAUUUUUAAUUCUGUGGAAUUGUACGGACUACAAGUUGUGUGAGUUUUAACUAUUUUAUCCUCAUCACUGAAGAGUUCUCACAACCUCUGUCUGAACGUCGUGGAUAAAUCACAAAAUGUUUGAGUUAUUGUUCCUGACGCUGUAUUCUCUAUUGUUGGUCCAUUCAAGUAAAGGUUUAUGUUACGAAGACCAAGUGACAUGUGUGAGGACUAUGCGCCAGGUGCUGGUUAAUACCAGUUAUUACUGGUUCGGAACAUCUCACAACGAGACUUGCCAAGGGUCAAGUUCCAUGUCAUGUGACAACCCAGAGCCAAUCAGAUUGUCCCUGGCCUCGCGACUGUUUGGCUUGAGUGACGUCCAUAAUAAAACAGAGUUAACCGCCUUGACUAGACAGGUCAAACUGGCCUUCGUCACCUUUAACUCGCCUGCUGGAUCAAUCUUUGCUUGUGGUCAUAACUUCAAGAUCCCGGAAGUGGCCAACUACAUAGUGGACCCACUGCGGACGAUGGCUAUAUCUUCGUGGUCACUUCAGAAAGUGCCUCAAGUGGCCUGGGAUUCUCCCAACAACCAGACUCUGUAUACUGUGGUCAUCUGGGACGCUGGACACUACCACCUGCACGGGUUGUAUAUCAACUGCUAUCAGAGCUCUUUAAUUUCUGGAACUACUAUAUUUAACUACUCCGCUCCGUCCAAUCCAUAUUAUAUCAGCAAUCCAGUCGUAGUUCUGGUCAUUCCACAAACGGUAAGACUGAACCAAAGCUCCGUGGCCCAAGCUGUGGAGGCAAUCACUGGACGUCAUCAAGGGAGGUUCGUCCUGUCGGAGUUCAGAGAUCAAUUCAGUCAAGAGCUUUCACAAAGACCUAGUCAUAUCAACAUAAUAACACUUGAAGCUGAUCCAUUCUCUGUCCAGUACUAUAAAGAUAAGUUCGUGGUAGACAACUGUGCUCUGCUCAUCUCACGACUGACUCCGUUACAUCAAGUGGCAAAGUUGUCGAACUUGUCCAUGAGCUGGGGAGAUAACUCGACUGAGUCAACAGACUUCAAUAACACCUACCUGACAUCACUGGCCCUCAACUUAGCGGUGACCUACAACACUGGCGACUUCCGGGUGGAGUAUUGUUGUACUAACUACUCAAUCACGUCAGGAAUGUUUACUGCAAAUCCGUUUGAUGAAAGUCCAGUAAGGUCAGCAGUUGUCAGACUUCGGCCAAGAGUGACGCUGUCCCCAAUGAAUAUGAAAGAUGCUAACAGAUACAGAAGUCGAGUGUACACACUGUUCAUGGUAGAUGUUGCCCCAGCUGUGGAAGCUGGUCAGUCGAACGCGCGAUACUUCACCCACUGGCUAGUUACGAACAUCAGAAAUGGAGAUGUCAGUAGUGGCGAUGAGCUGUCGGAGUAUUUUGGACCUAAUCCAAUAAUACCGUAAGUAUUUCAGCAUUUUGGACCUAAUCCAAUAA